CCGGGCCCCUGCGGCUGCACAGCUACCCCGCCCCGCCCCCUCCGUCCAAGCGGUCCGGCCCCACUUAGAGCUUCCUCUUUUUGCCCCCUUUCUUCCCCGCUUCCUCCCUUUUCUGCUUCGCAGCCCAGCCAGGGUGACGGAUGAAUUCUCUGGGCUCGCUGGUGGCGGGGCUCGCUUUCCUCUUCGGCUUCGCCCGACCCCAGGGCGUCUGGUACGGCCCGCCCCUUCCGUCGAGUCCGGCCACCUUCGUGCUUGCCCUGGUGCCCAGGCUUCAGGGGCUGCAGAGAAAGGAGGAGCUGCAAGGAAAUUUAAAUCCCAGGAGUUGAAAAAAAUGGGAGAUGAUGAAGAAAGAGAAGAAAUACCUCUCCAGUUACAGGAACCUAAUGCCAGCGCUCAGUGCAAUGGUGGCACUAUCAUGGAGUGCUCUAAGUCUAUUCCUUGUGGUUGGGAAAGAAUUGUGAAGCAAAGAUUAUCUGGAAAAACAGCUGGAAAAUAUGAUGUUUAUUUUAUCAGCCCUGAAGGAGUGAAGCUCAGAUCCAAAAGUUCACUUGCAUGUUACCUUCACAAAAGUGGAGAGACUUCUCUUAAGCCAGAGGAUUUUGACUUCCGGGCCCCUCCCAAGAGAAACCCUCCAUCGGGACCCCCACAUCCCAGUGUGGAAGCUCUAGGGGCACAGUUCCAGGUGGAGCCGAGCUGCUUGAGCCCAAAGCAGAAGCUUAGGACGCUUCGAAGGCAAGAGAAAGAUGCACUUCCUCCCCCAAGUAGGGGUUCACAGGUGCAGGACCAGAAUAGUGAACUGUUUUGCUUCACUUUCCACCAGAGGCUCCAGAAGGGUGCUGAUGUCAUUGGCUCUCAGAAUCUGAAAAAGCCCACAGGAAAGGCAGCAGCUGCGAAAGGGAGUCACAUUAAGGAAGCUAAGAAAAGGGGUAGGAAAGGUCAUUCUGGCUGCAUUCAGAGACAAAAAAGGGCAGCAUCUGGUGAAGAAGCUGUUUGCAGUGCACAUGAUGAUCACCUGGAGAGACCCCUGUGCUGUUCUGAUGAUGGAAUGAGUGAUGAGCAUAUAAAGGUGACAGAUGAAGAAGAAAAGGAACUGAUAGAGAAAGUAUUGGCUUCAGGCUGCCAUUCCCAAAUGCCUACUGCACAAGGAGCUUCAUGUACAGAAAAUACUUUAUGUGCCAAUGAAGUUUCAGAAUAUAAAGAAAAGAGUGGGCGUACUUCUGUAGGAUCUGAAAGGACCUUUAUAGAAACUGGGGAAGAAAAGGAGCAUUUGCAAGCUGACAUUUUAAAAUGCAGUUCUGAAAUAGACAGUAGCAGCUCCCAGGAUGAAAAAGAUUUGACUUUUGUGACGACAUUUCAAGAAAACACCAUCCAACAAACGAAAGUGGACAGAAGGAAAACCAGCCAGUAUUUCUCCAACAAAUACAACAAAGAAGCCCUUAGUGCACCUCGACGGAAACUGUUUAAAAAGUGGACUCCACCUCGAUCCCCUUUUAAUCUUGUCCAAGAAACACUCUUUCAUGACCCAUGGAAGCUCCUCAUCGCUACCAUAUUUCUCAAUAGGACUUCAGGCAAAAUGGCAAUCCCUGUGCUCUGGGAGUUUCUGGAGAGGUACCCUUCUGCUGAGGUGGCGAGAGCUGCAGACUGGAAGGACGUAUCGGAUCUCCUCAAGCCUCUCGGCCUCUACGAUCUUAGAGCCAAAACAAUUAUCAAAUUCUCAGAUGAAUAUCUGACCAAACAGUGGAAGUACCCCAUCGAGCUGCAUGGGAUUGGAAAAUACGGCAAUGAUUCGUACAGAAUUUUUUGUGUCAACGAGUGGAAGCAGGUCCAUCCUAAAGACCACAAGUUAAAUAAAUAUCAUGACUGGCUCUGGGAAAAUCAUGAAAAACUCAGUCUCAGUUGAAAAGACUUAAUGUUUUAACCUGGAGUUUUGACUCCAUCAGGCCUUCUGAGGAGCAGGUGGUCAUCACAACCCAUCCUCACGCUCUCUGCCUGUACAGACUGAAGUCAUAGCAAACACGGAUGGGCCCAAGUUAUACAAAGGUUAUUAAGUGAUAGCUGUGCUCCCCUUUGCCUUUGUAACUAAAUGUGCCCCCAAAAUGCUUUGAUACUUUUUUAAAUAAAUAAUGACUGAAUUUCA